UUAUGCUGACGGAGUGGAACCAGCAGCGCCAGUAUGGUGCUGCUGGAGAGUGAGCAGUUCCUGACGGAGCUGACCAGGCUGUUCCAGAAAUGCCGGUUGUCGGGCAGCGUGUUCAUCACCCUGAAGAAGUAUGAUGGUCGAACUAAACCCAUUCCAAGGAAGGGUUCUGUGGAGGGCUUUGAGCCCUCAGACAACAAGUGUCUGUUAAGAGCUACUGAUGGGAAAAAGAAGAUCAGCACUGUGGUAAGCUCCAAAGAAGUGAAUAAGUUUCAGAUGGCUUAUUCAAACCUAUUGAGAGCUAACAUGGAUGGGCUGAAGAAGAGGGACAAAAAGAGCAAGAGUAAGAAGAGCAAAGCAGCGCAGUGAAGAGCACCAGAUUUCCUGCUUUCACCAGUUAACCACUGAAUUGCUAUUUUUCCUUUGGUUUUUACUUUUGGCCACAAAGCUGGGUUUCUGAUUCCCCUACAAUAACUGUUUUCAUGUGAGAUUAGGGUCAUUUUUGGAUGGAAGAAGGGCUGCAGUGUUUACAGGGUAGUUACAAGAAGCCAGUUUAUUUUAUAUCUGGCUAAGUGAUCUGUGUUGUAUGGUUGUAUGUUUCUGGAUAAUAGUUUACAGUCUCUGUAGCCGUCUGUGAAGAGCACUGUAUCAUUAAACCUGUAUUUAUCAGUA